AAUCUAUAAGCUCCACGGAACCGGAAGUGUUCGCGAACUGUAGUCACACAUCCAGAAGUAGCAGUCGGAUAAUCUAGACUUUUAACAACGUUUUGAUCGAGUGGAGUACUAAGCAUGUAACUCAAGUCCUACUACAGCCACGUUAAUACUUCAGCUCGGGCUAAUUAUCAGACAUGUAGUUUAGAGACGCUGUCAUCACAUCAGUGCACUUUCAAUGGCAUGCCUGUCGUCGGUCUAUAGCUGUUGACACAUCUGGAGCGGUAAUUGGUUGAGGGAAGAUGCAACAGGUCCCGUACGGAUCUGUGGAUCGAGACAAGCCUCUCAUCCGUUUGCCUUUCACCCGGUUAGCGGUGAUCACAGUGUGUCUGCCUCUGCUCGGCCUCAUCGCCUGCAUCGUGCUGGCUCUCCUCUACCACUACAAUGAUGCUACCUACACACACUGCCAGGUUCCUAACUACCUCCCAUCCAUCAGCGCGGCCAUUAGUCUGACACCAGAGCGCUACAUCUGGCGCUUCAGCAUCGGCCUGCAUUCUGCCCCGCGCUUCCUGGUGGCAGCAGCAUAUUUGAGCUUUUACCGCGGACGCUUUUCCAAGAGGCUGAUGGAGCAGCUUUUGAGUGGCCUCACAUUCCUCUUAGCUUUAAGUGAAAAUGUAGGGCUGCUUCUGCUCACCUACGUCUCCUCCAAUGAGACCUACAGUGUCCAUAAGAGCGGCUUCGUCUUGUUUAUUAGCAGCUCCCUGGUCCACAUGUUGUGCACCUGCAAGCUGUGGUCCUUGAUUGCGAAGUAUUCCCUCAGUGCAGAGGAGAUGAUGUCAUACCGCCAGAAGUUCCACCUCUUCCUCUUCAACGGUUUCUUCUGUCUGUUGGCUGCCUACUUCUACAAGCGGCACAACACUUACUGUGAAACAGGAAUUUACACGUUGUUUGCUUUGUGUGAGUAUCUGGUGGUGCUGUCCAACAUGGCCUUCCACAUGACUGCCUACUGGGACUUUGGAGGUUCUGAAGCCCCACCCUGGAGUGCUGAGGAAGAAAAGAAUGAAGAGUUGAAUGUGGCGCAGUGCAUGCUGGGACCUCUGUUUCCUGAAGGGACUGUCAGACAGUUUCCCCACCACAAGGAAGUAAAGCCGACAAGCUGCCAGGCAACAAUACCCUCAUCACACCUAUAAGAUCAGGUAUGUCUAAGGGGCCGGUUCACACGCUGCUUUUGAACAGAGUGUGGCAGUGGGGUUCCGGAAGUAAAAAUCCCAUUCAUUUUCUGCAUAAGGGAAUUGAUUUUGAAUUAUAACUUCUAAACCUUUAAAGAUAAACCUGCUGUGAGCUAUGAGGUUGCUAAUCAAUGGGGUAUGCUUCAGUUAAAACCAUCAGCCCAUAUUAUUUUUACUUAUUUUUCAAAUAAUCAUGUUCAAAGGUAGAAUUCCUGGUGAAAAACUACGUUACCCAUGAUUCUGCAGCAAAAUCCACCAAUGAGAGAAUUACAACAUGCAAAUCACACUCUCAGUGACUGCCCACUCCCAUAAAGCACUGCAAAUGACAUGACUCUCAAACUAUUUAAAUAUUUGUACAUAUAUGCAUAUUUUGCAAUAAACAUAAAAUGUUGUUUCUACGUAUAUACACAAUCAGCAUAUUUAAAUUUUAAUUAAAUAUGAAAAUUUUGAAUUCAAUUUUCAUUUACAAUGCUUCAUGGGAUUGUAGUUCUUCACCCCAUUAAAGUGAAUAUGUACAUAUUCUUGCACCUUUUUUGUUUUUCAAAUUUUCAAAUACUUUUUUGCUUCAAAUCAAAAUUUGUACUGUUGCGAUUCACCUCACCUCACAUUCACCUCUUAAAUUAAGACUUUUUUAUCCUUAUGAGGGGAAAAAAUCAAUGCAAAAAAAAAAAAACCUUUCAGAAGUAAGGCUUCUAAUAAAAAUGGGAAGGCACGGUUGCACUAUAUUGUUUCUGUUGUUACAAAUUUUCACACAAGCAGUGCAUUUAAAAAUGUUUUAAACUUUUAGCAUCUCAAAACCCUGCUUUGUUUCCUUUACAUUCAGCUGUGUCUUGAACGUAAGAACACAUUCUGUGUGAACUACAAUAUUUAUAGAUAGUCACUAAUUACACAAAAAGGCCUGUCCUCAAGGACACCCCAAUCACAGAACAAAUGCCUUGGGCAUUAUGAUAUUAGUACUAAUAAAUUCUCAGAUAGUUUUUUUUUUUUUAAAGUAAAUACAAAAAGAAAAAACUUCAUUAACCAAUAUUAUUAAUAAGUUUCUAAACACUAAAAAGGAACUAGAACCCCUUUUCUCUGAAAUGUGUUUAAGGGAUUACUUCCUC